UCGUUUCGUAGUUUGGAACGUAAAAGAAAACGAUGCAGUUUAUUGUGUUGUGACCGCCAUGUUGUCGUUGUUCUGAUUUGAUUUUGUGAUGAGUCGUGUUUAUUAGCAACUGUAGACUAUUGUAACGAUGGAUCGAGCUCAGACCUCAAGUGAUUUGAGAGAACUAGUUGAGGAGGUCUCAGAUAGCGAGUUUAGUGAUUGGUCAGAUAUAGACAAUAUAUUAGAUGACCCAUCAUUUUUGGAUUCCUCGUCUGGCAGUGAGGACAUUUAUGAGUCUGGGGGGGACUUCGAAUCAGAUGACUCGAGAGCUCCUCUCCGCUCUUCACAACCUUCAAGACCGGUCAAUGAGGGGCAACCAUCUUCAAGCCAUCCUGGACCUGCACAGAAUGAUGAUGACACGCAGAAUGAUGAUGACACGCAGAAUGAUGACAUGCAGCCUUCUGCCAGUCCUCAGCCAGAACAUGGGCCAUCGACAUGGGUAAGGGUGUAUGAGGAACAGCCUCUGGAUGUGACCUCAUUAUUCAGUGUCAGACAGCCAGGCCCUAGAGAUUGUCCUGUUGAUCGCAAACCGAUUGAUUACUUCAAUCUGUUUGUGUCGGAAGGACAAAUAAAUGUCAUCACCAGGGCGACAAACACUUAUGCCAAAAAUAAGCGUGAACAAAUGCAGAGGUCUGGUAAACUAAAGCAACAUUCACGCAUUCAUUUUUGGCAUAAUGUAACAUUAGAAGAAAUGAAAAAGUUCUUGGCUUUGGUAUUGUACAUGGGGCUUACCCGACGCAAGCCUAUAUCUGAGUAUUGGUCUACCAAUCCAAUCCAGUACAUUCCUUGGGUAAGUCAGACCAUGACGUGCCGCAGGUUCCAGGCGUUGCAUGCAAUGUUGCAUCUGACAUCCAAGAAAACGGUGCCUAAAGGUCAGCCUGGCUACGACCCUUGGGGAAAGAUCUGGCCUUUCUUGGAUGCAGUGAAUAAUGCUUUCAGGCGACAUUACGUGCCAUACCAGGACCUGAGUAUAGAUGAAAGUAUGGUAGGGAUGAAGAAUCGGUGUGCAUACAUCCAGUACAUGCCGAACAAACGACAUGCAAGGUUUGGAGUGAAGAAGUUCGAGCUUGUUGACUCCAAAACCAUGUAUGUCGUACAUGUUGACAUGUAUUCUGGGAAUGACCAUCUGGCAAAGGGAAAUGCUCCUUUCACACAGAAGGUUGUUAUGAAUCUGUUGGAACAGGGAGGAUGUCUUGAUAAAGGCUACCAUGUCUUUACCGACAACUUCUACACGAAGUUGCCCCUAGCCCAGCGACUGUUGGAUAACAACACUUUUUUGACAGGGACUGUGAACAAGAACUCAAAGGACCUGCCAAAAUCUGUGCUGAGAACUGUGCUUGGUUCGCAAAAGUCUGUGUACUUCAGGCGAGGCCCAGUUCUUCUUGUUGGUUACAAGCAGAAACCUACAAGAAAGCCGGUCUACCUGAUUUCGACUGCGUACCAUGCAGAGGACAGGGUUAUCCGCAGUCGUAAAAGUGGUUUGGAGGCCAUCAAACCUGUUCUUAUAGAUAAGUACAGCCAGCUGAUGGGUGGAGUUGAUUGUAAGGACAAAUCCCUCUACCACAGGUCAUGCACUCGAAUUACUCGUCACUACUGGAAAACGUUAUUUUUCAACCUCCUAGACAUGUGUGUGUCGAAUGCGUAUGUUGUGUACGCACAUCAGUGCAUUCCUGAUGCACCCAUGGACAGGAAAAACUUUAUCCUGGAGGUGAUACAAAGCCUGGCUUCUGCCUCUGAUCCUGAGCCCAUUCGUGGUGCUGGCCCUGGAGGUGAUGAUCCUUCACAUAAAGCGGAGUACCUACCAUCAAAUCGGUUGAGGGUCUGCGGUGUAUGUGGGAAGCGUGCCAACCGUUGGUGCCCUGGCUGUAAUGUUGGGGUCCACAAACUGUGUGAGCUACAACUGAAACACUACUGGCGUCCCACAUACUGUGGCAGGAAAAAGAAGCGAGCCGUAUCACCAAGGUCUUCAAGCGAGUCUGACUAAAAAUAACUGUAUCAACGGGGUUGGAUUCCACCUGGCACCCGAUCAAGAAACUUCUCUUUGCAGUCAAGCUGUCCAGUGAUUCCAUUGGCCAAUACCACAAUGCUGGAAGGUCACCAGUCUGCGUGUAUUCGCACACCUGAACGUGUUGUGGUUGCUGGGUUCGUCAGUGUAUGCUGUGAUACUCGUGGUACAUCGCUCGACACAACCUGAGGCUGAGAACGGUUGUUGGCGCAAGAAUGAGAUCACCAUCGUCUCACUUAUCACCACGUUAUUUCUGGCCUUUUUCGAAGUUCUUGGCAUCAUUGAACAAUAUCAUCCUAGAAAGAAACUGUGUAUGCCGUUAGCCAGAAUUAUGGCUUUAAAUUGAUUGAACAUUUACACUUUGAUUUUUGCUUCGUUCUCAAAAAUAAAUGAGAUGAGCAACACACUUCAACCUCUCAGACCAAAGAAUGACUCUUUUACAACAUCUCAGCCUCCCUCAGCAGCUUACCAAGUCGGAGCUAAGUUUCCAAAAUCCCUCUCCAUAUCAGAACCAUAUACUUAUGAAUGGAAUUCAACUUUGUCAGCUGAAAAAUUUAUGAAUUGUAGGAAUAUAACUGUUCCUUGUUCUUCAACAACAGCAAUUACCAUGAUGACUGUACUCAUGUCUGUUUGGGCUACAAAUAGUACAUUUACUCCAUUGUCUUCUAAUGAUGGACAUUCUUUCAGUAGUGUUUCAACUCUUCCUUCAACGCCGUUAUACAAUUCAAGCUCUCAGAAUCUGACCACUUCUUCACAGUUGACUGGGCUUGAUGAUACAACAUCUACUAAUCUGGGAAUGUACUCAAGUCUAGAUCCGUAUUCAACAACAGAUUUUGAAGUAGAAUUUGAUAGUGACCAAAUUAAUGAUUUCAAAGAUUCUGAUGAAUUUCUUAGUGUUGACAGUAGUUUUACAGACUCUACAGUCAGUGAAAGUGUUCAAGAGUCAGGUGAAACUGCAGUAAACACAAAUGUCCCUAGCUUAUCCGAGACAACACAAUUAACAGAACUGACUAACAAUGAUGUGACUGUGGAAAACUCUACACCAUCUGAUAAUUACCCGAGUUCAAUAGAAUUAUCUACCCAGGAUUUUGAUUUUACAAGUUCAUCAACUUCCAGUGACUCAGUUUCUCCUGAAAGCACAUUAGUGGAACAAAUAUGCAUCAAAACUGUAUGUGACACUGUUCCUUCAGAACAGUCAACUACAACCCGUACUGAUCAGCGGAUUUCACUUCCAGUGUGUACAACACAAACAAUGGUAUCAACCACCCCCACCACUACUACUUCUAAUACAGAACUUAUUGAGGAAUUCAUGAAAAAAGCGAAGAGAAUGCCCUCAGGUACAUCCGAAGAAGAAAACGGAGUUCAAGAAGCAGGGGAAGGUACUGACAUUGAGCAUCAAGAUUCACUGCCGUACGAUAUAUCCAAGGUACAAAAAUACUCAGAGCUGUUAGUUAAAAAAGAUGACACCAAAAAGAAAAUUCUUAAAGAGGAGGAUGUUACUAAAGAAAUUAUAAGAAAAAAUCACCCAAAGAAAAACAAUCAAUGAGUAAAGAGCGAGAAGAUUCAAUUAACUCCGGAUGGUCAGACAUUCCUGAAAUCCGAAUAAUUCAGACAGAGAGUGCAGAGCGAUUGGAUGAUGUGGGAGGCCAAACAAGAACAAAAAAGAAUUGUGAUACAGAUAUAGAUAGUGAAGAAAAGUUUAAAGUUACAAAAAGGAAAUUAAAAAAAGGAAAAUCACGACAGAAAAUCAAUCAAAUUUCCGAAACUAAGAAGAGUAAUAAGAACAUGAAAAAUAAUAAACCCAAGAAAGAGCUGAAUUUUAAUGAAAAAGAUAGUAAAGAUUCUCCUGAAAACACCAAGAAGGCUCAUAAGUAGAAAGGUAAUACAAUUACAAAAGAAAAUAGAAUAUCAUCAACAGAGAACCGUGCUGUAGAUGAUGAUGUUAACGAUGAAGAGAACCAGUUAAUGUCAGAGAAUGAUGAUGAAGAUGAAAAUGAUCAAAGCAAAUUUAUUGUUCGUAAAGUAAAAUCAGGAAACAACAAAUUAAAGAAACUACAAAAUCACAGUUAAACACAGCCAAUAGAGGUGUCAAAAAGGUUAAAGCUAAAGAGAACAAAUCUACAGAAGAAAAUUUUGAAAAUAAAUCUACAGUUAAAAGUAACACAGUGGAAUCAAGUAAUGAUAGUGAAGAAUCAAAUGAACAUGCUGAAAGUGAAGAUGAUGAGAUGAAAGAGGAUAACUAUACAGAUCAAUCUGAUACAGAAGAUAACAGUGAUCAAGGAAAUAGUGAGGAUGAGAAUGAUGUAGAAGAUUUUCCUUGUGAUGAAAAUAAAAUAAAAAACUAUAAAUGUUCACAGCAAGACAUUAAAAAACUAACAAAUGAUUUUGAAAGUGGAGAGAGUGGUGAGAGUGAUGUUUCAUCCCAAAAUACUGUUAAACACGUUAGUUUACAGCAACAAAGAAAAGAAAGUAGAGAAGAAGAUAUUAAUAAAAAACAACCCGUUAAAGAAAAAACAAACUCUCAGAAAGUAAUGGCCAGAUUUAAAAUUGCAAAUGUUCUUCUGAAUGAAGCAAGAAGAAACAGUAGUGGUCUUGAGGAAAGUUAAGUUAAAUUUAUACAAUUAAUGGAAAAAACAUAUUUAUUUGAGUCAUGUAUUUUGUGACGCACUAAUAAGUUAACAUGUUACCUUUUGUGGAAGAGUAUUUUAUAAAACCUGUGAUUGUGCAUAUUUUAUCUCAUCAAAGUAAUUUUGUAGCAUGUGAGAAGUAAUUAAUUAUUUUACAAUAAAAAUCUUGAAAUAUGGUACAUUAAAAACAUAACUUAAAAUGAAUCUAAAAUUUUGCUAUUGAUUUCAACAACAUGUUUAUAAGGCUAAGGUUUGGAGAGUGAAUACUGUAAGAUGUACUCUUUAGUAAUUCUAUAACAUUUAUCUGAAUAAUUAUAUUACUUUUGUUGUGAUUCAUUAGGCUUCUUACUCUAAAUGUGAACCAUGACAGAAGUUUUGGUUUGAGGGUAGAGUUCAAAUCCUAAAUUAAUUCUGGUACAUUCGUCCAUUUAAACUUCAGAAUGAUUUUGUAUAAUCAAUCCAAUGUUGUUUCUCUAGUGUGUGUAUAAUUUUUUAUUGUCUUGUUUUAUUUCAUUUUUCUUUAUAUAAAAUAACCUAACAUGACUUUAAACUGCAAUAAUUUGAUACUGGCAUUAAAUAAAUAUUUUUUUUUAUAUUUGUAUUCUAUACUCAGAAAUUUUGAACAUCGGUAUAUUAAAAAAAAUCAAUAGCAUAAAUGCUUCAAAGUGCCCAUACAAAAUAUUUCUAUAAAAAUUAAAAUGUUAUGUUAAUGUUAAGUGAUCUGUUUUUUUAACUUUUAUCAUUGUAUUCUAAAUCAAAUAAAUUUUAUUUUAUCUAAAAAAUUCUAUCAGUUAAGUAUCGUAAUAUAAAUUCUUUUAAUUAUUAAAAAAUUCCUUUUAAGAAAUGUCUAUAGACCUACUUUUAAUAAUAAAUUUAUGUCAAAAACUGUUUUUGUAGUUGUGACAACAUUAACCGUUUCCUAUCCCUACAUACUGGUUAUUAUGAAGAACCAGAUUCCAAAUUUUAAGAUUUGUACAGCUCUAGUAAUCCAGAAACAUAGUAUUCAAUUCCAAAAUAUUGGAUUAGACAAAAAGGAUAGAAUCCAAAGCUCCACAUUUGGUGCGCAAAUUAAAUUCCUACGUGUAUUAUGUACAAUUCUGGUGGUCACCUUGCGCCACGUACUGAAAAUUAAAACGCCUUGUUGAAGGUUCCUGUUAAUGAUUCCUACAAGCGUAACUGCUGUGUGAAAUUCUGAAACUGCCAGAUUCUACACCAAGUGACCAUGGAUAAUAACAAAAUCAUGAUAUUUCCCUCAGCAAUGCACUUUUGAAAGAACUAUAAUCAUUAAUUGUUGUCUCUAACCAAUAAUUUAUUGUUGUAACUAUUUUUUAUGUACCACUACAAUUAGCACCGACUUUUAAUUUAUCACCUAAGUGAAUGCACCACAUAUUGUAAAAACUGUUAAGUUCUCUAACUAUACGUUAGUUAGUUUCUCUUGGUCUAUGACCUAUAGUAAAUUAUUUCUCACAAUCAGUUGAUCUCAAAUUUCAAACUUCAAAGUAAUCACAUUUAUUUACUGUUAUGACUGUUAAAUUGUAAUAUUUUAUAAAAAUUUAUCUUCUCUAAUGAAAUGUAAAUAAAUUAUAUGGUAGUAUUAGUUAUGGAUUAUUCCAGUAAAAAAUGUAUACAAUCAUGUAUAGAAUUAUUUAUAGUUAGUUUUCAUUCACGUCAAAUUUUCAGGUAUAUGUAUGUAGUAAGUAAUAAGAAUUUUUGUUUGUUGUUUCAAUAUUGUACACUGUUGUAUAUAAUAAGUAGUUGAUUAUCUAAAUAUAUUGAUUUUUUUGUA